CGCUGGCCGCCAGCCACCCCUUAGGCCUGAGCGAGAGCGAACGGCGGGCGGGCGCAGCUGCAGCUUGAGUGCCGGCGGGGACUGCUGGGCCCCGCACCCUUGUUCCUUCUCACCGCCCGCGCCCUCGGACAUGGUGGCCCCCGGCUCUGUGACCAGCCGGCUGGGCUCGGUGUUCCCCUUCCUGCUGGUCCUGGUCGACCUGCAGUACGAAGGUGCUGAAUGUGGAGUAAAUGCAGAUGUUGAGAAACAUCUUGAAUUGGGCAAGAAAUUACUUGCAGCGGGACAGCUAGCUGAUGCUUUAUCUCAGUUUCAUGCUGCAGUAGAUGGUGACCCUGAUAACUAUAUUGCUUACUAUCGAAGAGCUACUGUCUUUUUAGCUAUGGGCAAAUCAAAAGCAGCACUUCCUGAUUUAACUAAAGUGAUUGAAUUGAAGAUGGAUUUCACUGCAGCAAGGUUACAGAGAGGUCACUUACUACUCAAACAAGGAAAACUCGAUGAGGCAGAAGAUGAUUUUAAAAAAGUGCUCAAAUCAAAUCCAAGUGAAAAUGAAGAAAAGGAAGCCCAGGCCCAACUUAUAAAAUCUGAUGAAAUGCAGCGUUUGCGUUCACUAGCACUUGAUGCUUUUGAAAGCUCGGAUUAUACUGCUGCUAUAACCUUCCUUGAUAAGAUUUUAGAGGUUUGUGUUUGGGAUGCAGAACUACGGGAACUUCGAGCUGAAUGUUUUAUAAAAGAAGGGGAACCUAGGAAAGCGAUAAGUGACUUAAAAGCUGCAUCAAAAUUGAAGAAUGAUAAUACUGAGGCUUUUUAUAAAAUCAGCACAUUAUACUAUCAACUAGGCGACCAUGAACUGUCCCUCAGUGAAGUUCGUGAAUGUCUUAAACUUGACCAGGAUCAUAAAAGGUGUUUUGCACACUAUAAACAAGUAAAGAAACUUAAUAAGCUGAUUGAGUCAGCUGAAGAGCUCAUCAGAGAUGGCAGGUACACCGAUGCGACCAGCAAAUAUGAAUCUGUCAUGAAAACAGAGCCAAGUGUUUCUGAAUAUACAAUUCGUUCAAAAGAAAGAAUUUGCCACUGCUUUUCUAAGGAUGAGAAGCCUGUUGAAGCCAUUCGAGUGUGUUCUGAAGUUUUACAGAUGGAACCUGACAAUGUGAAUGCUCUGAAGGAUCGAGCAGAAGCCUAUUUAAUAGAAGAAAUGUAUGAUGAAGCUAUUCAGGAUUACGAAACUGCUCAGGAACACAAUGAAAACGAUCAGCAGAUUCGGGAAGGUCUAGAGAAAGCGCAAAGACUAUUGAAACAGUCGCAGAAACGAGAUUAUUAUAAAAUCUUGGGAGUAAAAAGAAAUGCCAAAAAGCAAGAAAUCAUUAAAGCAUACCGAAAAUUAGCAAUGCAGUGGCACCCAGAUAACUUCCAGAAUGAAGAAGAAAAGAAAAAAGCUGAGAAAAAGUUCAUCGACAUAGCAGCUGCUAAAGAAGUCCUCUCUGAUCCAGAAAUGAGGAAGAAGUUUGACGACGGAGAAGAUCCCCUGGAUGCAGAGAGCCAACAAGGAGGCGGUGGCAGCCCUUUCCACAGAAGCUGGAACUCAUGGCAGGGGUUCAAUCCCUUCAGUUCAGGCGGACCUUUUAGGUUUAAAUUCCACUUCAAUUAAACCAGCUGUUUUUCUGGUCUUCUUAAUUUUUUUUAAAGAUUAAAAACAAAGAAACCUUGUUCCGGGAUCCUAAUGAAAAAAA